UGCUCGGUGGCUAACAGAUAAGCUAACAGGCUAACCUCAGCGGUGAACACAUCGGGAUCCGCUGGUCCAAACGCAGCACCUCGUCGGACACUCUCAGCACCUGAACUAGCCAUGGGGAAAGGCGGAGGCACCUUUGAGAGGCUUCUCGAUAAAGCAACCAGUCAGCUGCUUCUGGAGACUGACUGGGAAUCCAUUCUUCAGAUCUGUGACCUCAUUCGCCAGGGAGACACCCAAGCUAAAUAUGCGAUUGCAGCCAUUAAGAAGAAGCUGAAUGACAAAAAUCCCCACGUGGCUCUCUAUGGACUUGAGGUCCUGGAGUCGGUGGUGAAGAACUGCGGGCAGACGGUGCACGAUGAGGUCGCAAGUAAACAAACUAUGGAAGAGCUGAAGGAUCUGUUUAAGAAACAGACAGAACCAAAUGUCAGAAACAAGAUUCUUUACCUGAUCCAAGCCUGGGCGCACGCCUUCCGCAACGAACCCAAAUACAAGGUGGUGCAAGACACCUAUCAGAUCUUAAAAGUGGAAGGUCAUGUCUUUCCUGAGUUUAAGGAGAGUGAUGCCAUGUUUGCAGCAGAGAGAGCCCCAGACUGGGUUGACGCUGAGGAGUGCCACAGGUGCAGAGUCCAGUUUGGAGUCAUGACAAGAAAGCACCACUGUCGAGCCUGUGGGCAGAUUUUCUGCGGGAAAUGCUCGUCUAAGUACUCCACCAUUCCAAAGUUUGGCAUCGAGAAGGAAGUGCGUGUGUGUGAGCCCUGCUUCGAGCAGCUAAACAACCACCCCUCCCUCUCUCCUCCGCUUAGGAAAGCCGAAGGGAAAGCCCCCACCACCACCUCAGCUGAGCUGCCCCCAGAAUACCUGACCAGCCCUCUGUCCCAACAGUCUCAGAUGCCCCCCAAGAAAGACGAGGCUGCUCUGCAGGAGGAGGAGGAGCUGCAGCUGGCCAUCGCUCUGUCCCAAAGCGAGGCGGAAGAGAAGGAGCGGAUGAGACAGAAGAACUCGUACUCGAUGUAUCCCAAAGCUGAUCCCACCCCAGUGACUUCCUCAGCACCCCCCGUCAGCAACCUUUACACCUCUCCAGUGAACUCCUCUGCUCCGUCUGCUGAAGAAGUAGACCCCGAGUUGGCCCGCUACCUGAACAGAACCUACUGGGAAAAGAAGCAGGAAGAUGCGCGGAAGAGUCCCACCCCCUCGGCGCCUGCGCCCGUGCCGCUGGCUGAGCCUCUGCCGCCAAUCAGCCAGCCUGUUGAAAGUCACCUGCCUGUCCAGCCCGUCAGCAUAGUGGAGCAGCCGUACCAGAACGGCGAGUCCGAGGAGAACCACGAGCAGUUCCUCAAGGCUCUGCAGAACUCCGUCACCACGUUCCUGAACCGCAUGAAGAGCAACCACAUGCGCGGGCGCAGCAUCACCAACGACAGCGCCGUGCUGUCGCUCUUCCAGUCCAUCAACAACAUGCAUCCUCAGCUGCUGGACAUCCUAAACCAGCUGGACGAAAAGCGACUGUACUAUGAAGGGCUGCAGGACAAGCUGGCACAGGUGCGCGACGCCCGGGCCGCCCUCAACGCGCUCCGCGACGAACACAGAGAGAAGCUGCGCCGAGCCGCCGAGGAGGCCGAGAGACAACGGCAGAUCCAGCUGGCCCAGAAGCUGGAGAUCAUGAGGCAGAAAAAGCAGGAGUACCUGGAGAUGCAGAGGCAGCUGGCCAUUCAGCGCCUCCAGGAGCAGGAGAAGGAGAGACAGAUGCGGCUGGAGCAGCAGAAGCACACGGUCCAAAUGAGAGCUCAGAUGCCGGCUUUCCCUCUGCCCUACGCCCAGAUGCAGUCUUUGCCUCCUAAUGUUGCUGGCGUGGUCUACCAGCCCGGCGGUCCGCCCAGCUACCCUGGAACGUUCAGUCCCGCUGGUUCUUUGGAGGGCUCGCCUAUGCACAACAUGUACAUGAAUCAGCCGGGCCAGACGGCACCAGGACAGUACCAGGCCAUGCCUCCCGCUCCCACAGAUCCCAAUAUGGUUAAUGCAUACAUGUACCAGGCUGCAGGCACCAAUGGACAGCCUCCUCCAGGCCAGGCCCCGCCCACAUCUACGCCACAGUACUCCAACUAUCAGCCCACUCCCACUCAGCCCUACCAGAACGUGGCCUCCCAAGCCCAGAGUUUACCGCAGAUGUCGCAGGCAGCGCCCACCAACGGCAUGGCUUACAUGAGCUACCAGCCGUACAACAUGCAGAACAUGAUCUCAGCGUUGCCGGGACAGGACCCCAACAUGCCCCCCCAGCAGCCCUACAUGCCGGGGCAGCAGCCCAUGUACCAGCAGGUUGCGCCCCCCGGUGGCCCGCCGCAGCAGCAACAGCAGCCCCAGGCACAGCAGCAGGUGCCUCAAGCGGUCCCCGGCAGUGCGGAGGCACAGCUCAUCUCCUUCGACUGAAAGCUCCCACGCUGCAAAGUUUCACACACUACACCUUCUCUUCCUUUAACGCCCCUUACCUGGACGCUGCCGAUCACCCCCCCCCCCUCCUCCUUCUCCUCCUCCUCCUCUGGACACACAAACUAAAUUCCCACCUUCCACCUUGCUGUGAUGUUGUGGCAAAGUGAAAUAUUGUGAUGAUGUUGCAGAACUGUUGCUCUCCUUGCCUCUUUCCCCCCCAUCAGGUGAGAGACUAUGGGGCUAAAAUCUUCACCGACAGCCCCAUAACCCAGACCCUUCAUCUUCUUUCAUCUUUCAGCUGAUAUGUAUGUAGUAUUUCUUUAUUAAAUGAAUAACUGAAGAGCAAAAACCAGUCAGUGGUAUUCAAGAUAACACGAAUAAGAAAAUACGAGGCUAUUUAGAAGACAAAAAUAAGACACGAGCGUCUUUUGUUUCAUAUUUUUCUAAAACAAAUCAUUAGCAUGUUGGAUUGAUUUUUAUUUUCUGGAAUGGAAGUGAGAUGUUGCAGCCUGUUUUCGUCAGUGAUUGAGGAAAUGUGGGUGUUUAGGCGGUGGAGCUCUAAAGCGAGGAGUGUUUGUGUUGUGAAAGCUGGCCGCCUUCAUCCGGCUCAGAGCUUUUUCCAGGUCUGGUUUUCCAGUUGUCCCUCUCAUGGACGCAAAUCUGGGAUUUAUUUGUGUACAGCUUGGACUGCGUCUGAAUGUAGCUUCUAAAAUCGGUAAACGCGUCGAGGGGAUCUCUAAACUAUAGAAGUGUUGUCUAACCUAACCCUUGUUGAUUAGUUCAGUAAUUGCAUUUUACAGUUGGCUACCAAGAAAUACUAAAAAUCAGUCCGGAAGCCCUAACCAUGAAAGGCAUCCCUUUUUAUCAAAGCGUCAGUUGUUGCCAAGCAAAAGAUCACAUGGAGGAAGCAAGCAUGGAUUUGACGUUAAAGGUGACUACGGCGGUCAAAAAUUCAUGUUCAUUCUGGUGUAAUAAUCACGUGGGAAGUGAGCUGCAGGAAACCUUCAGGUGGGCACUCUUUUCUCAAGUGUACUUGUUUUUUUUUUUUUUUUUUUUUUUUUAGAGAAGUGGAAAUGCUUAUAGAAUGAACAUGACGUGCUGCAUGUAUGUAUCACAUUUUCUGUAUCUCUUCAGUUUCCAUGUGUGAACUUCUUUAAUUCCAUCGUACUGAUCUGUCUGACUUUAAAGUAAUUUUAAAAUUAUAUUUAAUAAACAGAUUCUUACUGUC